CACUACCGCCACGCCAAAAUUGCACCUGGUGGCAAUUCACAGGUACUAAUUUUGGAUAUUUCCGAAGGGAACAUUUUUUUCUCUCCAGUUUUAGUUCAGGGUUCUAUAAUAUCAUAGCAACCUGCCUGCUAUUUCGAAACUUUGUUGAUAUUGUUUUGUCAAAACUCGAGAUUUUGCUUGAAUAUUACGGUGAGCCGUUCAUUAAGAUUCCUGCCAAAUUUCUCUUCAGGAAGUCGCUUAUCCCGAAUGUCGUUGUCGGGAAAAGCAUGCAACAGUAACAGUUACGUUCCAAUUGCUGCCAAUGAAUCCGUGUGAGCCGUGUUUGCAGAUCAUGCGAUGUGUGAGGAGAAAACCUAACAAAAAAAGUCGGACGUUUAAAAAAUUUAAUCCGUCUCACAUUUUCAGGCUCGAGAAACCACUGCCGUCUUCUUUAAAAUUUUCCGAGAAAUACUUUAAAGCGGUCUACCAAAAUCCGUUGCCUUGUCCUCAACGGUGUGCUUACCUCCAACAAGGGUAAUUUGGUAAUGACCGGUUCAGUGCCGAGAGUGUGUCGUGAGCCAGCUGAAGUCAUCCCGGCGAGCUCACCAGCAGAGACUUGGACAAGGAGUGUGGCUCAUGUGCAAGAGCACCACGUGGAGGACAAGAACACCAGAAGAACUCGGCACUCCGCAAAUCUCAUACCGAGACACCUACUGGGAAUCGGUCCAUCGCGACGCUACGGGCACGACGUCAAGGAACACAUAAACGAGCACCGCCAGCGGAGUUGGACGUACAUUGCAACCAGCGCUACCAAAUGUGACCACCAGGUGCACGGACUGCUAUUCUAAAGAGAUCGAAUCCAAAAAGAACGCCCCCACACGGAAAGGGGGCGUUUUGUAUACAAUUUUUGGUGCGCAGAAGCGGUCUACGGAGCACAAGUCGAUCCUCGAAUAGGUUGGUCGAUCAGCGGUCGUCGCGAGGACUCAAGGCGACUUUGCGCUCCACACGAUGGCAAAUAGAACCGUGCGCGCGACGCUUGGCGUGGAAAAGUAGAGUGCUAGCGAGAGGCAGACGAACAUCAGGAAGACGUGAAAGCGCAGUGUGCGAACACGAGGCGGACGGUGUGUACGUCGUGGAGAC